AUGGCACUGCCAACGCCAUUACAUAGCCUCAAAAUUGAAGGAUGUGAUGCUCUGAGGUCCAUACCUAAAAGUGUGAUAAAGAACCCUUCUCUCGAACAUUUGUAUAUUAUUAAUUGUUGUUCUCUCGAGUCCUUUCCCAAAGGCAAGGCCAAGGCCUUAAAAAUUCUUUAUAUCCGGAAUUGCAAGAAAUUAGAUUUUCCCCUUGCAAAUAAGAAGAUACACCUGGAUGCACUUGAAGAUCUGAGUGUAGGGAGUAGCUGUGAUUCCCUGACAGACCUCUCCUUACACUUGUUUCCAAAACUUAGAAGUCUUUCUAUUUGGGAUUGUGCAAAACUGCAGAAACUUUCAAUGCCACAAAAUAGUCAGAAGAAACUCACAUCUCUUGAGGCCUUGGAGAUCAGGGAUCGUCCUAAUCUGGAAGAUUUUCCAACAGGAGGAUUGCUUACCCCCAAUUUGAAGUCCAUUUGGUUCUCUAAUUGCAAGAGGCUCAAGAAACUACCUGAUCAGUUGGGCACUUUUGAAUAUCUCAAGUCAAUGUUUAUAAAUGAUUGCCCAGAACUUGAAACACUCUCAAUACAGGUUUUGCCUUCGAAACUUAGUUUACUCAGGAUCAAUUUUUGCAACAAACUCAUUCCCAGGAAGGAGUGGGGGUUGCAUGAGCUUGACAGUCUCUGUCAGUUGGAGAUUGAAGGUGAAUGUAAAGACAUGGAGUCAUUCCCAGUGGAAGAAUUACUGCCCAGCAAUCUCAGUUCUCUACGCAUCAGUGGACUUUCGGAUCUCAAAAAGUUCACGGGCCUAAAGAAACUUGAGUCUAUUAAAACACUGGAGAUUAGCUGCUGUUACAAACUCCAGUUCUUGCCAGAUGAUGGUUUUCCAUCGUCCCUCUCUUUCCUCUGCAUUAAGGAGUGUCCAUUGUUGAAACCAAAACUCCAAAAUAAGAAUCGAGAAGACUGGUCCAAGAUAGCUCACAUUUCUUGCGUUGAAAUUGAUGAGGAAGUAAUCUCAUGA